AUGUGUUCAGUUCUGUAUCUGAAAGAGUUCAUCAAGGAGAGACUCACUGCAGUUUGUCAAGAAAUCUUCUCAGAGGUUCAAAAAGCCAUCGUCCAGUAUGAGGAGGAGAUCAACCGUCAGCGCAGACUGCUGGAUAUCAGUCGGAAACCCGACACAAACUCACACAUCACAGACCUCCCACAGCAACUUGACUGUGAGGAAGAGGAGGGUCUGGAUGAGCAGCCGAUUUGUAACCAGGAGAGGAACUCCAUUUUGGACCAGCAGGACUCAGAGCCUCCACGAGUUAAAGAGGAACAGGAGGAACUCUGCAGAAGUCAGGAGGGAGAGCGGCUUGGACUGAAGCAGGAGGCUAAAGGCAUUAUCGUCUGGACUGAUGAGCAGUUCAGACUGCUGGAGACCAUCUGGAAACCUGACAUAAUGUUACAUAGACUAGACCUUCCAAAACAACAUGACUGUGAGGAAGAGGAGGGUCUGGAUGAGCAGCAGGUCUGUAACCAGGAGAGGAACUCCAGUCUGGACCAGGAGGACCCAGAGCCUCCACAGAUUAAAGAGGAACAGGAGGAAGUCUGCAGCAGUCAGGAGGGAGAGCAGCUUGGACUGAAGCAGGAGGCUGAAGGCCUUAUCAUCUGGACUGAUGAAGGGCAGCUCAGACUGCUGGAGACCAUCUGGAAACCUGAGAAAAAGUUAGACAGAAUAGACCGCCAACAAAAACACAUCUGUAAGGAGGACCCAGAGCCGCCACAGAUUAAAGAGAAACAGGUGGAACUCUGCAGCAGUCAGGAGGGAGAGCAAGUUGGACUGAAGCAGGAGGUUGAUACCUUCUUGGUGACUACUAUUUAUGAGGAAAGUAACCACAGUGAACAAAAUCCAAACAGUGAGCAGCUCCUUUCUCACAGCUCUACUGAAGCAGAGAGCCAAGAUCAGGAAGAAAGCCAGCAUGUGGAGUCAGGAUCAACUAGAAAUGCAGAGCUGAAGAGAAGUCACAGUCAGAGAGUAGACAACAGUCCUUUGUCAGAGAGUGAAACUGACACAAAGAAAAACUCUCUACAAUGUAACAUCUGUGGGAAAAUUUUACAUAAUCGAUUUAACCUGACCAGACAUCUGAGAAUUCACACAGGCGAGAAGCCAUACUUUUGUAGCACCUGUGGAAAAAGAUUUGCUGACUCAUCAGGAGUCAUAAAACACAUGAGAGUUCACACUGGUGAGAAGCCAUAUUCUUGUACCACCUGUGGGAAAAGAUUCAGUUGGAAUUCAGAUUUGGAGCGUCAUAUAAGAACUCACACCAUGGAGAGGCCGCUUUCUUGUAAAAUCUGUGGGAAAAGAUUCAAGCAGAGGUCUGUAUUGAAAACUCAUGUAAGAAUUCACACAGAUGAGAAGCCAUAUCUUUGUAGCACUUGUGGGAAAAGAUUCAGUCAGAGCACACACUUAAAGAAACACAUGAGAAUUCAUGCUGGUUCAAAGUGUCAUGCUUAGAAAAUGAGGGACAGCUGUGAGUUGUAGCAGUGAGUUAGUGGUAGAGCUCACACUGAGCAGAAGUCAAAUCACUGCAACACCUGAGUGAAAAGAUGACCCAUAUUCAAGUCAGUAUUUUCUGCGCAGAGCAGUAAACACCUCUCAGCAUUGUUUAUUCAGUUUAUUGCCUUAUUCGUAUAAUUGUAUCAAGGGAACUCUGAUCUUACAUUUUAUAAAGGUCAAAGUUCAGUAUGCUCCUGGGCCCUAUUCCAGGAAACAGGUUUAGCAAAUAACUCUGAGUUUGUUAACCAUAGGAUAAAAGAAACUCCACGUUUUCUGUUUCAGAAAAAGAGUUAACUUCAACUCUGAGUCAGUUACUGGACAGUUAAUGGAUAAGGAUCACAGAUUCAGACCUGGAUUCCAUUUGGCUCAGGUCACUUUGCAGUUCAUCCUGUCUGGAUCCACUUUUGAUCCAUUCAUAGCAUCUUAUUUUGGACCAACACGAUCUGUAUUCUUUAUGUAAAAUGUCUCAUCAUUUCAAAAUUAUUUAGAAACAUCUAAAAUAUUGCCGACCAGUAUAAGAUGUAUAUUAAAGAUAUACAUUAAAAGUUUACUGGAGAAUUAUUGAAAAUAUGAAAUGGCCAUAUGCUGUAGUAAACUAUUGUUUAUGGAUUUGGGGCAGAUCUGCCCCCGGGGUCUGUUGCUGUCUAAUCUCACAGGUCCAUUAGUAAACUCUGUCACUGACUUGUUAUCCUUGUCAAACAUAAAAUUAGGAUUCCAGCUUAAUCAAAAUUCAAGUUGGGCAAAUGAUAAUGAAGACAAUAUACAAAAUUAUAUUUUCUAUCAAACUUUUAUUCUGUCUGUGAUGAUGACAGAAUGGACCAAACUUAUUGAAAUUUUCUUUUCUAAAAUCACGUCUUUUUAAGAUAAAUAUCAUGGUUCAGCACUGACAUGUGCAUAUUCCUCAGUCCACUGGAUUAAAAUGGAGGCUUUGUUUUUAAUUUAUUUACCUGUUGCCAUGGUGAACCAUGGUAUCAGAUCUCCAUUGAUGAUGGCUUUCUUUCUCUACUCACUCAGGCAUUUAACUCAGGGUGAACAUACUUACAGUUGAUUGAACUGACAGCAGUUCUGGAGCAGGAAACUCAGAGUUGAUCAGAGUUUGUUUUUAAACUUUCUUGAACAUGGAAUAGGGUUCUGUUUUGUAGGUUCAUUGUUUAGUUCUGCUGUUUGUUAG